AUGAAGGAAAAAUCGAAAAAUGCUGCUAGAACUCGACGAGAAAAGGAAAAUGCAGAAUUCUACGAGUUGGCGAAGAUGCUUCCUUUGCCAUCGGCAAUCACAAGUCAGUUGGACAAAGCCUCCAUAAUCAGGCUAUCAACAAGUUAUUUAAAAAUGAGAACAGUAUUCCCUGAAGGAUUGGGAGAUGCCUGGGGUCACAGAAUACCACCAAGAACACGACUGGAGAAGGAAUUAGGAUCUCAUUUACUACAGACUCUAGAUGGGUUUAUAUUUGUAAUAGCACCUGAUGGUAAAGUGAUGUAUAUAUCAGAAACAGCUUCAGUUCAUCUUGGUCUUUCUCAGGUUGAAUUAACUGGUAAUAGUAUUUAUGAAUACAUACAUCCAGCUGAUCAUGAUGAAAUGACUGCUUUAUUAACAAUACACCAUCCUUAUCAUACUCAUAUUUUACAAGUAAUGAUUGAAAAACGCUUAAUCAUAAUAUUAAGCGUUAUAAUAAUGAAAUUCAAUAUUGGUCAUGUCAACUUAUUUACUUAUUUUCCAGAUAUUGAAAUUGAAAGAUCUUUUUUUCUAAGAAUGAAAUGUGUUCUAGCUAAGAGAAAUGCUGGUCUUACAUCCGGUGGUUAUAAGGUCAUACAUUGUAGUGGGUAUUUAAAAAUCAAACAAUAUACUAUGGAUGUAUCACCCUAUGAUGGAUGUUAUCAGAAUGUGGGAUUAGUAGCUGUUGGUCAUUCUCUACCACCUAGUGCUAUCACAGAGAUUAAAAUGUUUAAUAAUAUGUUCAUGUAUAGAGCUAGUCUAGAUCUCAAACUUAUCUUUUUAGAUGCCAGAGUGGCAGCUUUAACUGGUUAUGAACCUCAAGAUCUGAUUGAAAAAACUUUAUAUCAUUAUAUUCAUGCUUGUGAUAUUUUACAUAUGAGAUAUUCUCAUCAUACAUUAUUAUUAAAGGGUCAAGUUACUACUAAGUAUUAUAGAUUUUUAGCCAAGGAUGGAGGUUGGGUGUGGAUGCAGAGUUAUGCUACCAUUGUCCAUAAUAGUCGUUCAUCAAGACCACAUUGUAUUGUCAGUGUUAACUAUGUUCUAAGGUAA